CGAAUCAGUCACGAAAAAGUCGUGGUUAUGUUAACCCUAACCCUGGGCAAGGAUUGGCUCCGAAGGCUCACGAUCCUGUUCGAGAGAGAGACAAUGGCACAAAUCCAUCGAAGCGUCCAAGCGUGGAAGAUAAAGCGACCGCCCCUUUACCAAUUUGUCAGUUCUAGUCGUCAGUUCUAGCUAGCAUCGACGAUCCUAGACGAGCUAUAUAUUGAACAUCCGGUGAAACAGUUGAGGAAGAAGAUCGUUCUUUUAGUUAGUUGUGGCUUGCAUCAAAAACCAACGACAAGUCAAAAUGCCUUUGGAAUCAUGCAUGAUCCUCUUGGAUAAUUCCGAGUAUAUGCGGAAUGGUGACUACAUUCCCACUCGUCUCGAAGCCCAGCAGGAUGCAGCCAACCUCUUGGUGGGUGCCAAAACACAGUCCCACCCGGAAUCCACUGUGGGUGUGAGUGCUGGGACAGAGCUGCUGGUCAGUCCAACUGACGAUGUCGGCAAGAUUUUGGGUGCGCUCCAUGGUCUCUCCAUGCGCUCUGAACAGCCUGAUGUUACUGCCAGUGUUCAGGUGGCUUCAUUGGCCUUGAAACAUCGACGCAACAAAAAUGGUUCCCAGCGAAUUGUACUUUUCGUGGGGUCGCCCUUGGCAAAGUUGGAAUCGCGUGCUUUGGCCAAGGCAGGACGUCAACUCAAAAAGAAUAAUGUGGCUAUUGAUGUUGUGGCGAUGGGCGAAUUGGAUGACAAUGAAGAAAAAUUGCGGGAACUGGUGGAUGCUGCGAAUGGGCGGACCGAAGAAGGAGGAGAACGAACCUGCCACUUGGUCACGAUUCCUUCAGGUGUGUUGCCCAGUGAUGUAUUGGCUUCAAGCCCUAUUGUGCAUGGUAGCGGUGGAGGAAGCGGAUUUGCAGCUUCGGCGGCUGCAGCAGGGGCAGGGGCUGCCGCAGGAGCUGACUUUGGAGGCGGUACCUUUGCUGAAUUUGGUGGAGUCGACCCCAAUAUGGAUCCAGAGUUGGCCAUGGCGUUGCGGGUCAGUAUGGAAGAAGAAAGAGCACGACAAGAACGUGCUGCUGCAGCCGCAGCAGACCAACCCAGUGAAGGCAACAACGAUGCAAGUAACGAAGGCGAGGGUGGUGAAAGCAAGGAUGCAGAAAUGACUGAUGCAGCUCCUGCACCUGCGCCAUCUGCUGCUCAGACUGCGAUGGAUAUGGGCCUGAGUGAAGAGGAAGCUCUGUUGCAGCAAGCACUUGCCAUGUCGAUGAAUGAAAACGAACCCGACCCGACUUCAGCCACGGAAGAAACGAAGGAAGCUGCAAAACCACCGGCUGCUGAUACUCAGAUGGAUGUAGAGGACGACGAAGACGCAGCCAUGCAAGCUGCAUUAGCCAUGUCUAUGCAACCUGAUGCUGAAGGCAACGAAGAAGCCAAGAUCAAUGAGCUGGUGGGUUCUAUUCCUGGUGUCGAUGCCAACGAUCCUGCCAUUCAAAACGCUCUGAAGAAAGAUGACGCCGAAAAGAAAGAUGGAGAUAAAAAAGAGUAGGCUUCGACACAGGUAUGUGCUGGGGGAUAUUAGUUUCGUCGCAGUAGCUCUACUUCAGAAACCUGCGAAAGACUGACUCAAGUCAACGCAGUAGCAAAAGAAUAUAGCAACUAAGGCAUAGCAAUCCGCUUUUUAGGCC